GGUUGAUAUGAUGAUAGAAUUGCACAGCCAUGAGUGUGCUUGUAAAAACACCUGUGCCACCUAAAACCACUUGGAAACCUGGUAAGGUAAAAGUGGUCAGGACAUUAUGCAAGUAUACUGCGCAACGUGAGGAUGAGUUAUCAUUCGACGAAGGUGAUUUAAUUUACGUUUAUGACAGAGAUACGGAUCCAAAUUGGUGGAGAGCCAAGUGUGGAGAUCAGAAGGGACUUAUACCUGCCGUUUAUGUCGAAGAGCAAACAGAAGAGAUCGAGUUGCCGCUGCACGAUGCUGCAAGACGUGGCAAUGUUUCCUUCCUGAGUGAAUACUUGAAGGAGGGCAUAUCGGGAACAGGUUUAGAUGCAGCUGGAAACACACCGUUAUAUUGGGCGGCACGUACUGGCCAUGUAGAAUGUGUGAGAGAGCUUCUCAAUUUGCUGAAUCCUGUGGUAAACGCUCAAAAUAAAAUGGGUGACACGCCACUGCACGUAGCAGCGAGUCACGGACAUUUGGAGAUAAUAAAUUUAUUACUGGAGCACGAUGCCGAUGCGACAUUAAAAAAUAAUGACGGUGUCACCGCGGAGGAAUUAGCCUCCGAUGCAUCUAUCAAGAACGCGAUACAACUGCAUCAACGCAAAUAUGAUAGUACAUAUGGAUACGGCGAUGAAGAUUAUAAUGAUGAUGAUAGCGAUUGAGAAUUUUAUAAUUUCUGCAAUGAGAAUGAAAUAGAAACUCCAUACAUUGUAAACAAAAUAAGCAAUUUACGUAUAUUACAUAAAAUAUAAUUUUACGUAUUAAUAAUUAAGAAUAUAAUUCUAUGUAUUAAACCUUUUGCGAUCCAAGUUAUUUUUCACAAAAGAGUAAAAAUCAAUUUUAUCUAAUCAGCGGGUAUAACACGAAUCAAAGAAUGUAUUUAUUACUUGAAGUUUCGGAAAUUCCAAAAAUCUAGUUUACUGAGUAUAAUCGCAUACAGAUUUGAAUGCUUGAAAAUUAUGCGAAAAUUAUUACAAUCUUGCAUUAUCUUGAGUCCAAGGAUCACAAAAGGUUAAAUGAUAAUAUUUGAAAGAUCUCAAACGAUGCUCGCCUGUUUACAUUUAAGACUCUUGUUUCUUGCAAAACGCAAGCAGUAACGUAUGAAAAAAAUCAAUUUAUUUCGAUAAUGUAAAAAGAAAUUCACACAACUUCAUAAGUCACAAGUC